UAAUUCUCGCCACUGAUCCCCAAUUGCUGCUGCAGAUUGAAUCGAUCGUAUAGACCAAUAUGUCAGUACCUGUGACGUCGAACCUCGAAUGGUUGUCGUCGCUUUCACCCAUCAACGCUGCCGUCCCCACUGAGGAGACGAAGUUCUUGCGCAAAACGGCAAUCAUCGCCACAAUCGGUCCAAAGACGAACAGCGUAGAAAAGAUCGCAGAGCUCAGGAAGGCUGGCGUUAAUAUCAUUCGCAUGAACUUUUCUCAUGGUUCAUAUGAGUACCACCAGAGCGUCGUUGACAAUACUAGGAAGGCUGCCGAGUUGGAUCCCGAAGGUCGCCCACUUGCGAUUGCGCUGGAUACUAAAGGCCCGGAGAUCCGUACGGGCCUGAUAAAAGACAAUCAGGAUAUCCCAAUCAAAGCUGGUCACGAAUUCAUCGUCAGCACUGACGACAAGUAUGCUGAGAUCGGUGACGACAAAGUCCUUUAUGUGGAUUACAAAAACUUGCCCAAGGUCACUGCUCCUGGCAAGCUCAUCUAUGUUGAUGACGGUAUUCUGUCUCUCCUUGUUCUCUCAAUUGAUGGAUCGAACGUUCGUGUCCGGUGCCUGAACAAUGGAGUACUCUCCUCUCGCAAGGGUGUCAACCUCCCGAAGACUGACGUCGACCUCCCUGCUCUGUCUGCUAAAGACAAGGCCGAUCUCGAGUUCGGUGUCAAGAAUGGUGUUGACAUGAUCUUUGCAUCUUUUAUCCGCCGUGCUCAAGAUGUCCUUGACAUCCGCAACGUACUUGGCCCGAACGGAGCCAGCAUUAAGAUCAUUGUGAAGAUCGAGAACGAGCAGGGUGUUGCUAACUUUGACGAGAUCCUUGACGUCACAGACGGCGUUAUGGUCGCCCGUGGGGAUCUCGGCAUUGAGAUCCCUGCGAGUCAGGUCUUCUUAGCACAGAAGAUGAUGAUCGCGAAGUGCAAUAAGGUGGGCAAGCCUGUGAUUUGCGCGACACAGAUGCUUGAGUCCAUGACCUACAACCCUCGCCCGACCCGGGCUGAAGUUAGCGACGUAGCUAACGCUGUAUUGGACGGCGCUGACUGUGUCAUGUUAUCGGGAGAGACAGCUAAGGGCGCGUACCCGAUCCAGGCUGUUCUUAUGAUGGCCGAGACUUGUUACCUCGCAGAAUCUGCUAUUUGCUAUCCACCAUUGUAUGAUGAGCUGCGCAAUUCGCAGAAACGUCCCACGGAAACCGCCGAGACUGUUGCAAUGGCGGCGGUUGCCGCUGCCGCUGAGCAGAACGCAGGUGCAAUCCUUGUUCUGUCAACGAGUGGAAACACUGCGCGCCUAAUUUCGAAGUACAGGCCGAGUGUUCCGAUCAUUACAGUGACGCGGAACCAACAAACUGCGCGCCAAAUUCACCUACACCGUGGAUGCUACCCAAUGUGGUACCCAGAGCCUCGUGGGAUCCAAGCUCAUCAGUGGCAGACCGAUGUCGAUAAUCGUAUCAGAUUCGGCCUUAGGAGGGCGCUGGCACUAAACAUCAUCAAGGUGAACACGCCCGUCAUCGCUGUGCAGGGAUGGAAAGGUGGGCUUGGCCACACGAACACGCUGCGUGUGCUGUCUGUGCCGGCAGAUAAUGCGGACCUUGAGCUCCAGCCUCUUGAGACGCACUGAGCGAGAGAGUGAGACAGGUUUGUGUAGAAAGAGAUUUAGUUUAGAACGAGCAUCAAAAGCGACUGUAGCUAUCGACUGUAGAGACGUGUGCUAAAUAAGUACAGCACAUUGCACAAUUCCAUAUUUUUGCCAGCC